AUGCAGUGCCCCAUGACUUCAUCCGAGACGGGAAUAACUCAAAAGGUUAUAGUUAUGCGGCAUGGUGAGCGCCGGGAUGCAAAUUCCGACUCCGCAUUUGAGCUGGAUCCACCACUGACGGAUUCUGGCAAAGCGGAAGUAGUACGUGUGGCUUCCCAACUUCGACCUAUUUUGGGGGGUGAAGUAAACGCACAGGGAGUUUUUCUGUAUGUUUCACCUUUCUUACGGACGGUGGAAACGGCCGCGGCGUUGCAGGAUAACGGUAUUGGAAGUGAUCGUAUGAUGUUCGUCGACAACACCCUUUGUGAGGUGUUUGGCCCUACCCAUAUUAAAUCUAGCAGUCCGCCUACGACUCUCGUAGAGGGCCAUGACACGUUACCCGCGUGGGGAGAGUCCAUAGAGGAGGCCUUACAACGCUUUGUGCACAGCUUUUUAAAUAACGCCCGGAGGCAUUAUAGCAAUCGCGCAUCCCGAUCCAACUUGGUUGAUUUAAGAUUGUCAAGCAUCCGAAAUGAUGAGUUUGAUCGAACUACGCUGCAGGAAGAAAAGCACCUUGCGGCGUUGAUAUCGGAAAAGCAUCAAGAAAUGAAUGAGAUCGACGACGGCCACCACAACGAUUUCCAACCUCAAGCUGAAACGACGGCGGACACGCUUUGCCUCAUUACCCACGGAGACGCUAUUAGCUCCAUCAUCUCUCAUUUUUAUCCUUCGCGUGUGGUCUACCAGACCGAUUUCCUCUCCUACGUGGUGAUGGGAAGGUGCGGUGAGAGCAAUACGUUUCGUUUGAUCGACUCGGAUGGUGUGCGUUGGAUUGUGGAUGGUGUCGAUAAGGUGCCAUCCUACCUGGAAUCAGUCGCGAAUUGCCCAAAUCUGCCCAUAUUGGAGGGACACCAGAGGAUCGCAGCCGUAGAAACGUACGAAUAUGCUCUUUCAAGCGGUCCAGAUGCUGAUUCUCCAAAUAUCUCAGAGGGAAAAUUGGAGUUUAAGCAGACAGAGGCUUCAUCGUGCGCGCAGCAUUCUUCACCUUCCGUCCAAUCAAAUGACAAGGACUACGCACAGGAGGCGAAAGCGCUAUCAUCAUUAUUCCAAGACGUGAACUCGAAAGCUGCGCUGCGGUGCGCUUUUCUUCGAUUUAAUAUUCAUAAUUCCACGGAGGUUAACAAGGUGGAGGAAGAAACGAUACGCAGCGAAGAUUUGCCGUGUGCCAUGCCUUCUGUGUGCAGUUCAUCGAAUGCGCACUCCAAAAUUCCUCUCCUUGGAAUAGUUGGCAGUGCAUCUAUUUCAGAUUAUCCCCUUGUUAGAGCUAGAUUUAGACUUAUAACGUACAAAAAAAAGCUUUGCGUGAAUUUCAGGCUGCAACUCCUUAUGGUACUUCUUCAGGUCGGUGUCAUCUUCCAGUGGAAUCACGCUCAAAACGCGUUAAUUUAUCUAUUUUGCGUUAAUGUGGUAGAGGUGAGCCAAGCUGUAUUACUCUUUUUAUUUUCUCAACCACCCCUGACUGGUUCUUCAUACGACGUGCCCGUGCCAUUCCAACGAGCUGCUGUGGAUGCUGCGUACCGAGCGUUAGCUUCCACAGAAGUGAAAAAGGAAAAAGCUACUGAAGUUCAAGUAAAGAGUUCUUCAAUUUCAGGCCAUGAGCUGGACGCUGGCCUUGAACAGCGUACGUCGCUCUUGCUGUCUUUACCUUCUAUACGUGCAAAUGAUCUAUCUAACGCAGAUUUGCAUGGUGGCAACAGUACAAACGAGAAUCAAAAUAACCAAGUGAGCCCUGACGGACAUUUUUGUGCUUUCAAAGUCUUCUGGAAAGGUCUGGCAAAGCUCCCUAUAAAUCUACUCAUGUGUCAAUUUCUGGAAACGCUCUUAAAGAUAAAAAUGGUAUUCUUCUUCUCGUUGGUGUUUGGAUUUAUUUUCGUAUACCCGUUUACCAUGUACUUGUCCUUAAUCGAGAUUUUUACCUACCCUUUAUGCUCUAUUCCUUUUCUGGUUUAUUGCAUGCUUGAUAUUCUACGGGGUCUAUUAUAUAAGAUGUGA